AAAUCAUUGAUCACCAAACUCUAGAUAGUUGAAGGCUCCGAAGCUCGAAUUGGCGAUUCAGUCUACCCUCUUUAGAGGGUUGAGAGGUGCGAUGGCGUCCUCUAAAGGAUCAGGUCCGGCGGCUGCGACGGUGGAGUUAGAGAAGCUGAGCGUUGAGCAACUCAAGGCGGUGAAAGAACAGACCGAUCUCGAAGUCAACCUACUCCGAGACAGCCUCAACAACAUCCGAACAGCUACGGCCCGCCUCGGCGCUGCUUCCACUGCAGUUACCGAUCUCUCCCUCUGCCCUCGAGGGAAGAAAAUGCUGGUUCCUCUAACGGCUUCCCUGUAUGUACGGGGAACCCUGGAUGAUGCUGAUAAGGUUUUGGUCGAUAUAGGGACUGGGUAUUAUGUGGAGAAAACUAUGGCAGAAGGAAAGGACUACUGUGAACGUAAAAUAAACCUUCUACAGUCCAAUUAUGACCAGCUUCUUGAUGUGGCAGCGAAGAAGAAAACCAUUUCCGACGAAGCCGGUGCUGUCUUACAAGCCAAAUUGAGACAACUCUCCCCUACAGCAUAGAGUAAAGUGUUCAUUCAGUCUAUAAUGUAUUUCAAGGUUUCAAUGGGAGAUAGAAUUUAAGGCCAUAUUUCCAAUAUCUUGAUAUUGGCUGGUUUUGAAGCAUUGUUUGACUACAAAUUGCUCAGUGUCAUUGUCUUGGUUUUCACUUUUAUAGGAAGAAGAUUAUGCUGUUUUCAGUUUUGUUUUUUUUAAACAUUCUUGGGUAAGCACAAUAGGGAUCCAUGGUCAAAGAACUCGAUUCUUGGUGUGUACCAGCAAAACAACUGGUCGAACAAUGAAUGUAAUGACCUGGCGGGAUCAAAUAGAGGAAUGAGUAAACUGGGUCUGUAUUUAUAAGCUGACCGAAAUAGCUUAUAAGUUUUUACUUGAUGACAUGUUUCUUUGUACUUAUAAGUGAAAAAAUAAGUAGGUUUUGC